AUGUCCAGCGUCACUCUUCACGUGUACGACCUGAGCCACGGCAUGGCGCGGCAGCUGUCGCCGGCCCUGCUGGGCAAGACCAUCGACGGCGUCUGGCACACGGGCGUGUUCGUGUUCCACACCGAGUACUUCUUUGGCGGCGGCGGGAUCCAGGCCAUGGCGGCCGAGCUCGUGGCGCAGCGCUAUGGGAUGCAGCCCGUGCGGACGAUUGCGCUGGGGGAGACGAGGCGCACGCAGCGCGAGCUGGAGCAGUUCCUCGCCGACCAGCGCGCGCGCUACACUGACGCAACGUACGAUUUGCUGCGCCACAAUUGCAACAACUUUUCCGACCACGUCGCGACGUUCCUCGUGGGGUCGGGCAUUCCGCAGUACAUUUUGGACCUGCCGAACGAGGCGCUGAACUCGCCAUUUGGUGCAACGCUGAGACCGAUGCUGGAAAACAUGAACCGCCAGAUGCAUGCGAGCGCGGGGGACCAGCUGUUCUCCAUUCCAUUCAACGAUCCAUCGCGUGCGAAUGCUGAGGUGUCGCCACUCGCACCAGCAGCGCCCGCUGCUUCUACUGCUGCCACUGCGUCCGUAGGUCGGAGCGCGCCUCGUUUUAAGAUCACAGGAGCACCAGCACUACAUGUGGACAAGAUCCUGCAGCGCAUGGACGUGUUGAACAGCGAGCAGCGCAUUGUGUCGGACGACGAGAUGGCGGCGCUCAAUGCGGUCGUAGCUCAUGUGACCGCAGCAACGCCCGACCAGGAACUCGAGUCGACUAUCGUGGAAGCGUCGUGGAAGGCGAUCAACAAGUUGGUCGCUCUGGGACACGAGGCAGCGCUCUUCUUCCCAGCGCUGGGGCUGUUUCGAGUGUUGCUGCUACUGCAGCCAGCUAGUAGUGCUCUUGAGGCUGGAGCGGAGAAGAAGGCGUGCUUUGAAGCUGUUGUGCGCGAGACGGACGCUGCGUCGGUGCAGCUGACGUCUGCCCAGAAGACGCUGGUGCUAUCGGUGCUGCUGAACGCGUUCGCCAAUGCCGGCUGUUGCGACAUGGCGCUGUCCAGCUCGCCCCGGUUCCUCCCGUUCGUGUUCACGGCGAUCAGUGACCCGUCAACGAGCCACGAAGCGCGUGUGCUGAGCGCGCACAUCAUCAGCAACUGCUGCGUGGCACUGAAGAUGGGCGAAGAGGUAGUGAUCACGACGAUUGUCUGCGGCGCGGUCGAGACGCUGGACCGCGUCUCGAAACUCCCGUCGCUGGCCCUGCAGCAGCCGACGAUUGAAGGCCUGAUCGUUGGUCUCGGUCACUUGCUGUUCAACUUUGAAGCUGCGCGCAGUCUCUCGACGGAUCUCGGGCUUGCAGACGUGCUGCGUCGUCUGCACAUCGCCCCGAGCUGCCGGGCCAUGCAGCCACUGCUCGCCGAGAUUGUGGCUCUGAUUUAG